AUGGCUCUUAGCAAUUUCCUCUUUGCUCAGUGCAUCUGCUACUUCCUGGCCUUCCUCUUCAGCUUCAUCGUGGUGGUGCCGCUGUCUGAGAAUGGCAACGACUUCCACGGCCGAUGCCUGCUCUUCACCGAGGGCAUGUGGCUCAAUGCCAACCUCACUGUGGAGCGGCAGCGCUUCACCGUGCAGGAGUGGGGGCCUGAGGCCGCCUGCCGCUUCAGCAUCUUCACCGGGCUCCUCUCUCUGCUGCUGGCUACAGUGCAGGCCUGGCGGACUCUCUUCUUCCUCUGCAAAGGGCAUGAGGACUCUUUCUUUUAUGCCUUCCUGAAUCUGCUGAUCAGCGCCUUUGUGGUGUUUAUCACGUUUAUUGCCAGCACUAUAGUGAGUGUAGGAUUUAACAUGUGGUGUGAUGCAAUUACUGAAAAAGGAAGCAUGCCAAAUAGCUGUGAAGAAUUACAGGAUAUAGAUCUUGAACUGAACUUAGAAAACUCUGCUUUCUACGACCAGUUUGCUAUUGCACAGUUUGGUCUGUGGGCUGCCUGGCUGACGUGGCUGGGAAUCACCAUUCUGGCUUUCCUGAAAGUGUAUCACAACUACAGACAAGAGGACCUGCUAGAUAGCCUGAUUCAUGAGAAGGAGUUGUUGUUAGGAAGAUCCUCUUCACGAACCUGUUUGCAAGAUGAGAAAAGUGCCAUGAUCUAAAGUGUAAGCAAAUUUCCAGGGCAGGAUCUAGAAUUUAUUAUUCAGUAGUGUAAGAUGAUGUUGAGUCAGAGUAUUGAGUGUGUGAGAUCUUUUCUUUUCUGAAAAAAGAUAUACUUGUCAAUCACUCACUUCCUCACUGAAAAAUUCUUGGCAGAAGUAUUUAUGUUAGGAUACAGAGAACAAACUGCCACGUGUGCCUUUGGCGCAGCAACAUUUCUGUCCUGCACAGACAUGGAACAGCACAGCCUGCAGUCUGCUGUUGCUAGCAGUGCUCCUGUAUGCUAUUGCUGCCUUUUGGGACACUGUGCAUUUUUGAGGACAUGCUGGCAAGAGCAGGCUACAGAGUCUAGGCUAUUCCUCCAAACUAUUCUGCAACAACAACUGUAACUGGAGAUGUGACAAGGCCCUCUUCUCUCCAUCUCUUCCCCUUUGACAGUAAAUCUCCCCAUUCUCACUUUGUUCUGAGCGAUUGCAGCUCUGGUCCAGGUACAGGCUCU